AUGUCCGUACAGAACAUGGGCGAUCCCGAGUGCCAACGCGUCAUCUCCAAGAUGCGGAUGCAGGGCGCUUCCUCGUCAGUGGUGGGACAAAGGGUAUGGAAGACACGACGAGCGGCAUACGUGCGAAGUCGUGUGUACUUGUUCUUUGCCCGAUAGCGUGGUCCCAUAAAACCCAUUUUUUGGCAUCAAGGACUUUAUAGGCCACAGUACGGACGAAAAUAUUCAGAAAAACAGCGCUGCUAAAUUUCGACCUAGUAACGGGAGUGGGGAUAAGCAUGCGAAAAAUCACAAACGACCACGAGACAGCUUUAGCGCAGACUACUUACCACACACCAGAAUCGUAAAUGGCGCCCGAAGCGGUUCACGUGAACGAGGGGUGUGUUACGAACCUACCCGCUCACCGGUAAUUUUUCUCACUCAAUACUUUUAUUUCCUUUUUCAGGGCCGCGUUCAACGCCCACAAACAACCCGAACAAUAACAAGGGUCCUGAUAACGUUCAAUUUGUCUAAUGUUUCCCCUUGUUUAUGCAGCCGGCUGCGUUCCCCCCUUUCGUAAUCUUAUUGUUAGGGCUUAGAUUGCUCCUAUCGGUUUUCUCCCCCUCUUCUGUGCCCCUUUAUUAUCUCACUCGUUAUUAUAACAGUAUCCCAUUCGGGAUAUAUCCUUCUAUUGUUUGAUGUGUGGUGUCUGCGUGCGGAUCACUGAGGCACUUAUUACUCAGUUCCCGUAGGUCGUCACAGGUGUGUGAUGCCUUUUGUGUUCAAAUUAAAGUGUUUAAAUCUUUAUUAAGCCUCUUAGAGAUUUCCGUACCUCUACUUUAAGACUGUUGAGGGAUUAGAGCACUAAAAAAGCACUAGAGUCGGCCUAGCAUUGACCUUGGCCUAACCGUGAAGGACCGUGUAUUCCGUGAACUGUGCGUAAUUCGAGUUCCUAAAUCGACAUCCGAUUUUUAUUUUCUGUUUCUUGACAGAGCCUUCAUGCAUAUUUGCUUUUCUCAUUUAUUGCUUUUUGGCGACGGUAUGUUUAUAUGCGGUGUGUAGGGGUGCCUAGCUGUGGGUCCACGUGACGAUCGUUGUGGGUCGCUCGCUGGCUUGCAGGUAUAGAUUAUGUCUCGAGUCCAUUUGCUGGCACCAAACUCUCACCUAUGGCUCCCCGAAGCUAUGUUCCGCCUAUCAACCACACCCCGGUAACCGCCUCGGCCGGUGGGCUAAACCAGGCGAGGGCAUCCGUCUGUGUUUCAUCGCACACGGUAAUCUCGGUUCCGCUGGCCGGAUGGAUCACCUCAUCGGCAUCUCCGAGAUGAUGCUCCGUCUUGAAAACCGUAGAAGGCCACAAAGUAGGUGAACACCCAGGUAAGCGAACAUAGCUCUGCUUUCUUUGCUUUCGCUUGUUCUUGUCUGCUAGAUCUAUGUCUGCUUGUUCGUGUUUGUCCUUGUUGAAAGCUAAAGACCGUUCUGCUGAAUUUUCUGUGUUGCUAUUCUUGCCUGCUUGCCUUUGGCCUGCAUGUUUGCGUCCGUCCUUACUGUAAGCUAGAUGACGUUCUGUAGAAUUUGUCUACUUACGUUUAUAUUUCACCAACCAGGUAGCAUACAGAGGGUGGGAAAGCUCUGCUUCCCGUCUCUCUACUCUUCUCCUGUCGCCUCCCCCUGUAAGCCUAACAGCGUGUUCGUAGGCGGGUCCAGGCUAACUUGGACCGUCCUCCCAUUAAACAAAAGUCGUAGCUCAUAGUGGAGUACGACAGCCGUUUGGGACAACUGAGCAGCCCUAUUUAGCGAGAGCACUGCUCACCCCUGCGAGCGGGAAGGGGCUAGAAAAGGUGCACUAAACAAAUGCUGGAGACCCACGCCGUCUGCAGACUGACCGCGGCCUCAGACGCCAAACUCACAGUCGAAACAACCAAAUAAGAAACAAGACUAUCUUUUUCCCUCCUUCUCCCCUCCGCUCCACUUGCCAGACUGGUAGGGUGAGUUUACUCACUCUGGCAGUCUGGAAUUUUCGUUCCGUUUCAGACAAUCUGAGGAACAAUCGACCGGAACAGAGGACAACGAAAGUGGCUCAGGAACUGGCGCGUUACAAGGUGGACAUCACCGCACUCAGUGAGAGCCGGCUCUCCGAACAAAGCAAACGGGAAGAGGUGAAUGCCGGCUGCACCUUCUUCUGGAGCGGUCGCCCCAGGGCACAGCGAAGGGAUGCGAAAGUCGCCUUUGCCAUCCGGAACGCCAUCGUGGGACGACUGCCCUGUCUGCCGCAGGGCAUCAAAGAUCGUCUGAUGAGCCUCCGCCUGCCUCUCCGCGGAGGCAAAUUCGCCACAAUCAUCAGUGUCUACGCCACCCUGAUGACCAGUCCUGAUUCUGUAAGGGCGAAGUUCUACGAGGACCUGCACGCAUUCCUGGUGUCUGUGUCGAAGGCGGAUAAGUUGAUUUUCCUUGGUGACUUCAACGCCCGCGUCGGCAUAGACCAUGCUGUCUGGAGAGGAAUGCUAGGUCCCUAUAGUCUUGACGACUCCAACGACAAUUACCUGCUCCUCCUACGAACCUGCGCCGAACACCGACUCAUCCUGACCAACACUUAG